AUGCCUAGCUGCCAUGUUACCCGAAGGAAUCACGAGGGCUGGGAUACUGUCAGGUCAUCCAAGCCUAGACAGGAGAAGUCAAGAGACAGAGUUCGGGUUCGAACCACGGACCUUCCGGUCAGUAAAUUAGCGCUCUUACCACUUAAGCCAUCUCGCCCCCAGAGUUGCGAGGGGAAGUCGAGUGGCGGAGGUCGGAUUCGAACCACGGACCUUCCGGUCAGUAAAUUCGCGCUCUUACCACUUAAGCCAUCUCGCCCCCAGAGUAGCGAGUGUACUACUCAUAAGGUUGCUGAAAAUCCGUCGACAGCCCACGACCGGUUUCGCCCUUUUUGGGGCUCAUCAGGUAGGCGCAGUCCCCGGGCUUCCGUCAAUUUGAAACCAAAGAUACAAAGAUAUACACUUACCGCGAUACUUCGAAUAUCGCAGUAUCCCAACCCUUCGGGUGGCAUGGCAGUUAGGCACCGAAAGGGUGUUACAGCUGAACAAUUUCUUUUUCUUUCUUCGUCUGAACCUUUUCUGUACUCAACUAGCUACAUAGUUUCCAACACCAUAAAAAAGUCAAAUUUUCUGUUCAAAUUUGAUAGUUUAAAACAUUUAGGCCACAGUAGACUUUUGAAUAGAUGA